AUGUCGUCUUUAGGGACGGUAAAUGAGUAUGACUUCGAUUCAUCUGAUGAAGAAGAUGUGAGGAACACUGUUGGAAACAUACCUUUGCAGUGGUAUGAUUCUCUGGCACAUAUUGGAUAUGAUACAUCCGGCAGACCAAUCAUGAAGCCAGAUGUUUACAAUGGGAAAUCUGAUGCGAUUGAUGAAUUUCUUCGAAAUGCUAACAUUGCGGAUGGUGAAUCUGGCGUUGAGUGGCGUUCAAUACGUGAUCCACUAACAGGCCAGUUGGUGGUUUUAAGUGAUCGUGACUUGGAGAUUAUUCAUAAAACAUCUAAGGGUGAGGGUGUAAAGAAAUGGGAAGAAUGGUUCACUAAAGAUGUCAUGCAAAUGCCCUUGACUGCCCAUCCUCCUCAGAAAAGGAGCUUUAUUCCCUCUCUUCUGGAUAGAAGACGCGUUGGCAGAAUGGUUCAUGCAAUCAAAAGUGGUUGGCUUGUACCAAAAUUACCAUCUUGGGCGUUAAGUGAUCCAGAUGAUCCUGAAGAACUUCGAAGAUAUGCUGCAUACAUGACUUCAGGGAAUCCAGAUGUAUUGGAUGCAGAUUAUGAUGAAGAGCCUUUAAGCUUCAGUUCUUUCAAUGUAUCAUCCUAUGUGUUUCCAGAUGUUUGGAAUGAUCAAGACAAUGAAAUUAGUCAAGCAGAUACACAAACUGAUUCAUGGAGAUCAAAACUUCCAAUGUUAGCUUCAGAUUAUCGACCGCCAAGACCAAGACCGUAUCAAAAAGCUCCAGAAGAACCUUUGCCUGGACAUAUAGCUUCUUAUAAUCCACCUCCAGAAUUUAUACUAUCAAAAGAUGAGGAAAAGAAAGUUAUGAAAGCCUGGCGAGAACGUGUACACGAUGGGCAUGUAUCACGGAUUCCACCACAAAUGCCUCGCAAGUUUGCAUGUUUAAGGCAUGUACCAUUCUCUGAACGUUAUCUACGUGAACGUGAAGAACGUGUUAAAGAUUUAAUAAUGGCUACACGUUUUGAAAAACAACGAAUUUCAACUACACCUGAGGCUAUGCUACCACCUAUACCAAGUCUAUCACAAUUGAGACCUUAUCCAAGUCAUUUAGGAUUACAAUACAGCGGUCAUUCAGGACGUGUAACAUCAUUAUCUGUAUCACCAUGUGGGCAGUGGUUAGCAAGUAUAUCACCGUCUGAUGGUUGUUUACGUAUUUGGGAGACAUCGACAAACUAUUGUUUCCGUAUCUAUCGUCUUGUUAAUCCACAAACAAGAGAAAAAUUGAAUAAGUUGAAAACACCACCCACCAAGGAUAUAGCAUCAAAACAGAAAAAGACUGAUGAUAAUUCACAGGUGGCUGAUAAAGGUGAUGAUGCUGAUGAAGAAGAAACAGGACAACCAAGUGAUGAUGAAGAAAGUUGGUCACCAUCUUCUCCGUCGGCUAGUGUUGCAUGGAAUCCCAAUCCUGAAUUGCAUCUUUUAGCUGCAGCCAUUGGGACUCAGUUAUUCAUCAUUAAUCCAGCCUUGGGUGAUCGUGUUCGUGUGUCACACACUGAAGCCAGUCUCUUACAAUGGUGGUCAGAUAUGAAUGAAAAUAUUGAAAAUAUAUCUGUGUUAAAAGAUAAUAAUAAUAAUAAUGAAGAUGUGGCUGACAAAGAUGCACCACCAUCAACAAAACGAUCUCGAUUAGAUGAUGGUGAUAAUAAUAACAACAUGGAAAUUGAUCCAGACGAAGAAGAAGAGGAGGAGAAAGAAGCAGAAUUUGAAGUGAAAUCCAAGGCGAAAUGGACAAUUAAAAUACCACCUCAGAAUGUUGACAAAACAGCUAAAUCUAAAACACUUGAACGUCAUCGAAUCAUUAUCACUGUGGCUGAUCCAAUAGUCAGCUUGGAUUGGCAUCCCAAAGGUGAUUAUCUCCUUACUCUUUCACGUCCAAUACUUUCUUCACUUGUUCGUUCACGGUCAGCUAAACGCUUACUACUGCAUCGUUUGUCUAAAAUGUCUAGUCAAACACCAUUUGCUGAUACUGGUCGACCUGUUGAAUGGAAACAAGCAGCUUUUCAUCCAACUGGUAAACCACAUUUAUUUAUCGCCAGUGCAAGAGCAGUACGUGUUUAUGAUUUGGUUGAACAAAAAGAGUUACGUUGUUUACGUUUAGAAAGUUCAUCAAAUUUUGUUAGUUCAAUGGCAUUACAUCCAUCGGGUGAACAUUUAGUUGUUGGCACAUACGAUAGUCGUUUCAAUUGGUUCGAUAUUGAAUUGGGUAAUGUACCGUUCAAAAAGCUUCAGCUAAAGCAUGGUGCUAUUCGACAAUUAGCUGUUCACCUUCGUCGUCCGCUAGUUUCUGUUGCAUUAAGCGAUGGCACCCUUUUGAUUAUACACGGAAAAGUUAUUGAUGAUUUACUGUCAAAGCCGAUUGUUAUACCCGUCCAAUUAAUACGUACUGGACAACCAAGCAGUCAAUCGAAUGUUUUUGCCACUACCUUUCAUACACGACAACCGCAUGCAUACAGUGGUGGAGAAGACGGAAGUGUUAAACAGUUCGUAGCAUGGAAAAAUAAUCAUAAUAAUGAUAAUAAUAAUUCAUUCUAUGUACAUACAAUGUUAAUUUUUCUUCUGAUGAUCAAUCAUAUGUGAGAAGUAUAAAUAUUGUACAGAAAUAUAAAAUAUUUGGAGGGAGUGGAUAAUAGUAAUU